UAAUUUCUCUGUUGCCACCAAUUGUACUUGAUAAUCUAUUUGGUCUUUCAUUGGAAUCAUUCAAUCAUUGGAACAAGUACAUGGGAUUAAGUAAAUAAUGUAAUACUUUUUAUAAUAUUUUUUUAAAUCAAUUAAAAUCAAGCUACAGUUCCUUUUAAUUGUGAUUUAUAUUGACUGAUAUUGUGUAGAAAAUUCCAAAGAUCUAUCCCUUCUGGAGACAAGACUGCCAUUUCAGAUGUUCUCAUCCUCAUCACUUACAAUCUAGAAUUUAUUCCCUGGAUUGGAACAGCAUUCUGGGUUUUCAGGGAUAUCUUUGGAGAGUUCAAUUACUUCUUCACUUAUGUUGUUGUGGCCACUGCACGUUUUGUGUUUAACUCCAGCAUGGGUUUAUGGAAUAUGGUGACAACAAUACGUUACUUCUACCUCUUCAAUAUACUCAUCAUACAGGAUAUUUCUGAUGCCAACAUGCUGAAGCUUGGUAAACUGGUUAUUGCUCUACACGUGCUCGGAUCAAUCUGUUUUGAUCUGAUCAUGGCUUGGUUGGAUGUUUUCCCUCUAAUGGCAAAGGGAGGAAUAGUGUACGCGAUGGCAUCUGAGGAUCUAUUUUAUUCUCUGCCUGAAGUCCCCCCUACCCAAGCACUAAGCCAAGGAACCAUAGAAUCUCUGUUUAUCUGGCGAAAAGGUUUAAGUUCCGAAAGGAUGUGUCCUCUAACCAGCCUCGUAUCAAAGGUGUUUAAUGCUGAGGCGUAUCCUCUAAUUAACCUCUCAUUAAAGGUGUUUAAUGCUGAGGCUGUAUCCUCUAACCAGCCUCGUAAGAAAACUACGGCAUUCAGUGCUCUAGUCAGUAUCCUAGUGAUGACUGCUGGAUGCGUCUUCUUUGUAAAUCACUUCUAUGUUAUUUACAACAGCAAGAAUGAGAACAAACCUAUACAGUCUACGCAGCCGUAUCCAGAGUUUACGCAGUCGUAUCCAGAGGUUAUGCAGUCGUAUCCAGAGUUUACGCAGCCGUAUCCAGAGUUUACGCAGUCGCAUCUAGAGUCUACGCAGCAUCGUCUCGACUCUGUUAAGAAUAUCAGCGAUCUUCUUCUGAUUGACCAAAUUACUUUGGUCAAUUCAACAACUACAUCUUCACUUCAGGCUCAUCAUUAAACAUAAAACAUAGAACAAUGAAAUUGAGUCUUUG